CAGGCUGACCCCAGAAGCCGGGCGGGCGGCGGGUCGUGGCGCGUUCAAGAGGCUGGAAAAGUCCUAGGUCAAGACACCAGCACAUGUAAUGUUAGCAGCCAUGGUCUGGAAGAAGGUGGGCUCUGGCAACUUCUCCGACUGCCCCAACGGCUCCCGCCCGUGGAUAUGGGACGUGUUUGGCGAAUGUGCCCAGGACGGCUGGGACGAGGCCAGCGUGGGCCUGGGCUUGAUCUCCAUUCUCUGUUUUGCAGCAUCCACCUUCCCCCAGUACAUCAAGGCCUGCAAGGCCGGCAACAUGGACCAGGCGCUGUCUCUGUGGUUCCUCUUGGGCUGGAUCGGAGGAGACUCCUGCAACCUCAUCGGCUCCUUCCUGGCCGACCAGCUGCCCCUACAGACCUACACGGCCGUGUACUAUGUGCUGGCGGACCUGCUCAUGCUGUCGCUCUACUUUCAUUACAAGUUUAAGAAACGGCCCUCGGCGUCCCUUCACUCAGCAGGAGAUCAUCGGCUUCGUCAUCGGCUCCGUGUCCAGCGUGCUGUACCUGCUGUCGCGGCUGCCUCAGAUCCGCACCAACUUCCUGAGGAAGUCGACGCAGGGCGUCUCCUACUCGCUGUUCGCCCUGGUGAUGCUGGGGAACACGCUGUACGGGCUGAGCGUGCUGCUCAAGAACCCCGAGGUGGGCCAGAGCGAGGGCAGCUACCUGCUGCACCACCUGCCCUGGCUCGUGGGCAGCCUGGGCGUGCUGCUGCUCGACACCAUCAUCUCCAUACAGUUCCUGGUGUACAGGGACACUGGCACCUCCUUGGAGCGCCAGCCCCUCCUCCCCAGUUGACCAGGACCCCCAGAGGCCACUCCCAGGAGGGGACAAGUAUGGGCCGGCCCGGCGCUGCUGCCCCCGGACUGGGCCAUGGGGGGAGCCGGGGGCACCUGGAGGCCCCGGCCCAGCUGCGUCCCCACCUCCAAAACCUCCUCACCGCCGCUUCCAGGAACCUGGACUCUGCAGGGAGCGAGGAGGAAGUGGGGCGUCAGGGCCAGCCCCCGCCCCCUUGGGACACCCCCCAGUCUGAAGCUGCUGUCCCUUGGGAGCCUCGAGGGAGGGGUUGCAGCUGCACCCCCGGCCCCCUCCGUCCGCCUGCAUGCACACUCCUUGGAGCGGGGCGUGGCCGCAGCCGGGUGACCCCAGGACCUUGCUGCUGACCCAGGCCGGCCGAGUAAACGGUCCCUGCCAGCGAGGCGUCCUUCUGCUCCUUCCCCAAGGUGCUGGGGUCUGCACUGCUCUGGGCAACAGCUUCCAAGUCGGGGCCCGGAGGUCGGGCUGUGGCAGGGCCAAGCGGGCCGCCCGGCCUCUGGGGGACCUCGGGUUUUCUCCCCUGCUCCUGGGUAACAGACCCCACCGCUGGGGGUGAGGACGCAGCAGCGAGAAUGACAGGGUCCCGGCCUCGCGGUGUCAGGAAGAAGCAGAGUAGUUAAGGUUCAGAUCUUGGGUCUGCAUCUCAGCUUCUCUGUGCCUCAGUUACCUCGUCUGUGAAAUGGGAUGACACUGUUCCCAGUUCCUA